AUGUCUUUUCAUAGCAAUGUUCGCAUAUUGUCCCUUCAAAAUGCUAGAAAAGGAGAAGAUCCAACCAAACCUCUCAGAUCUGAGAGUACAGGGAAAAUGAGGUCUGUUGUUACAUUUGCACCUGCUAUUUACCUCAUGCCACCUUUGUCAAGGUUUGUUGUUUUGCGUGUAUUAGAUUUGGUCGGAUAUUCUUGUCAUCGUCAUGACCAUCUUAACCUCCGAGAUUUGGGGAAUUUACUUCACUUGAGGUACUUACGGCUAUCGGGAGAAGGAAUUCGUGAGUUGCCAGAAGAGAUAGGGAAGUUGCAGUUUCUGCAGGUGCUAGAUUUGCGUGAAGAGAUUGAACAGUUGAGGCUCUUGCAUGAAGAUAGAAUACUGCCAUCCACUGUGAUUAACCUCACAAGAUUAAUGUGCCUGCGAAUUAGUGACUAUGUUCUGGUUCCAGAUGGAUUUGGAAACCUCACAUCAAUGGAAGUGCUGGGUAGGAUCAUUGUUGACUCUGCAAGCAUUGUAAAAGAGCUAGGCAACAUGAGCAAGUUGAGGGAACUCAAUAUUUGGUUGGGGAGCUUGGGGUUGGAAGAAGCUUUUGUAGAGUCACUAGGAAAAAUGACAAAGAUCCAGCAUGUAGAAAUUGGUGAAGGUGGGGAUGCAGUUCCAAUGGAUCUCUUGGGGGGAUGCUGGGUGCCCCCUACAAGUCUCCAGGAGUUUAUCAUGCACAAGAAAGCCAAAUUCUCCACGCUUCCAUCAUGGAUAAGGAGAAAUCCCUCGGAUAUGUCUCAACUCUACAAGUUACAAAUCCAGGUCGAGGAAGUGCAACAGGAGGAUCUGGGAUUCCUUGGAAGGUUACCGGCUCUUCGUAUUCUUCAAUUAAGAAGUCUCCGCCAAAGGACGCUACACAUUGGUGCUGAUGAUUUCCAUUGUUUAACAAAAGUAGGAUUGUAUUCUUAUUCUCCGGGCGGAAUCAUGUUCCAGCCAGGAGCAUUGCCCAAGGCUGAGCGAGUUUUGCUCUGUAUCGGUUUAUGCGUCGCAAAAAAGGAAGCAGCUAGCGACGGUGGCGAUUGGUUUGAUCUAGGCUUGGGGAACCUGCCGUCCCUUCGGGACAUCCAUGUCAGAUUCUACCGUUGUGGAGUGACAGUAGAAGAGACCAACCAAGCAGUGGCUGCGGUGCGCAAUGCCCUCCGCGCCCAUCUUAACCGUCCUACCUUUAUCUUCGACUUCAGGUGGGACGUCGCACAAGACGUUGAUGAUGACGACAUCUCCUACUAG